UGCUGCGAUAACCAUAUACAGAAUGUCAGAUGGUGGAUGAGCAGUUCUUGUCUUGGCGGACUCGGGCUUGCAAGUUGCGAUUGACGUUUCUGCGGGGCGCGUGCUUGCUGUAAACAAAACAAUUGUUGGCCUUGCUUCCUUGUCGCAUUCAAUCUGCGCCGCCCAACAUGCCUUCCAAGUCUGUCGCUACCAAACCGCCAGCCUCCGGAUCCGAAGACGAGAUUGGCGCUUCCGAUCUGGAAAAUUCGCGACCGGCUCCUCCCAAGAUCAACCGUACUGUCGUGAAGAAACCCGUCAAGAAGGCCGCUACUGCGACCAAGAAGACGACUGCUAAACCAAAACUCGCAAAAGAGCCCGUCGACCCACCAGAAGCUAGCGACGCUGAUGAGCCCGAACCUGCCGCCAUGGAACCUGCCCCGAAACCCAAACAGAGGAAGAGAGUCUUGAAGAAGGAUCUUGUCGCAAAGCAUGUCGCGCCUGCCCCUGAGCCCGACCCUGUGCCUGAACAAGAGGCCGCGCCUGCGCCUACAACUGCACCAGUGAAGAAGGCGACCAAGUCCACCAAGGCCAAAUCAGCAGAAGCUCAACCUGAGAAAGAAAAACCCGUCGCAAAGUCGAAGCCCAAGACGAAACGCGCCCCGUCCCCUGAACCUGCUCCCGUCAUCCCAGAGACACAACCGGAACCAGAAGAGAUUGAGCAGUCUAUUGUGGAAGAGGAGGAGCCCCCGGCCGAUCUUAUGGACAUCGACAGAGAGCCCUCAUCACCACCCCCACCGCCAAAGUCUCAUUCACGACAGCCAUCUGCCUCGAUACAACGACAAGCUGCUCCAGGUGCUGCUUACUCGCGCGCUCGCUCAACCUCCAGACAACCGGGAACCUAUUCCCGGGGCCGUAGCGCAAGCGACACGGAAAGAAGAAUGGCCGAGUCGGAAGCAAGCCGUAGAUUGGCAGAUAUGACCAAGAAGUACGAAGAAAUGCGCAUGAAAUACGACUCCUUGACAGAGCUUGGCCCAAAAGCCGCAGAAGCAAAUUUCGAGCGCUUGAAGAAGGCUACAGACCAGAAAGCAAAGGAUGCCAAUGAUUUAAUCGCCAGCCUCAAAAAAGAACUCGCCGACCUCCGGAAAACCUCCUCUUCCACGACCGCCGAAUCCGCAAAACUCCAAUCACAAGUCGCCUCCCUCACAUCCGAAAACGAGAAGCUCAAGGGAGACCAGAAAACCACGCAUCAAAGCCUCACAGAAUCACAGAAUGAAGCAAAGGCCCUGACUGCAAAACUGGAAGCCGCGAGAAAGACAAAUGCCGAGAAAGUACCAGGAUCGGCCGUCAAGAGGAUUGAUCAUGGUAAGAUGGGGGGUGCGAGUGCUGAAGCUGUCAAGGAGAAUGCGUUGAAGGAAGAACUUUAUCGUGAUUUGACUGGUUUGAUCAUCACGAGUGUGAAGAGGAAGGAUGGUGAAGAUGAGUACAGUUGUAUCCAAACCGGUCGUAACGGCACAUUACACUUCCACCUCACCGUUGCUACCGACAGCGCCGUCACAAACCCCAAGACACCAUCUGGACUGAGUUACGAGGACACAGAAUUCGCAUACGAACCCUUGUUGGAUACAAACAGAGACGCCGAUCUCAUGGAUAUUCUACCCGACUACCUUACCGAAGAAAUCUGCUUCCCUCGAAACCACGCCGUCAAAUUCUACACAAAGGUUGUCGAAAGCAUGACCAAGAGGGUUGUCGUUGAUGAGGAUUGAGGCCCCAUGUUCGAAGAGCAGGACCCAUAUCGUCUUCUUUGUCGUUUGUCGAGUAUCAGGAUUAGUUUUGUCGUUGCCUGCGCGUCUGUUUAUCUUUUUGCGUUUGAUACCACUUCCGUCUUCUUUUUCUUCUUGAAAACAAUGUUCUUUUCCUUUUUGUUUAUUAAAGCGUUUCGUUUUUUACACCCUUUGGUCUUUUUGAAUCAUCAUUGCGAUCGACUCAACUCGCCCUGCA